AUGACCACGUGCCGGUGUUCUGCAGGAAUUAUGGAAAUGUUCGAUGGCGCUAAGGAGGAUAUCCACUUCAGUGUUGAGGCCAAGACUGCUAUUAAAGAAUUAAAAAAUACAAAAGAAUCGAAGCAGACAAAAUAUAAGACACAACCACCCAAGCCAGGAGACAAGCCUUUGGUUGUCAAGGUUCCCGGGAAGAAGGCUCAUCGUAGGGAACAGCGAAAGAGGGACAGGUUCAGUAGUCUCUCUCUCGCCAGACCGCCUGAUAAGCCCAAAGUUGUAAAGGUCCCGGGGACAGGGGCCACACAUAGGAGGAGAUCGGACAUUGAAACAUCUGGGUAUACUUCAGGGGAAAGUGCGACUAAGGAAUAUAGUGGUAGGAAAAGAGUCAUCGGUGAAAAGGCUAAGAUAAUUAAGAAACCUGGUCUGUCUCUUCGUGAAAGAAAGGAACUUGGACGCUCUAAUCAGUCUUCAUCCAACGACUUUUAUGGAGAUUCUGGUGGUGUAAGUCCAAGGAAUAAGACCACUGGAGGGAACACAGGAUUAUCUUCAUCUUCAAGAGAUACCCCAUCGUCCCGGAGAACUUCUGAGCUAACAUUACGUGAACGGCGGACACAAGCCAGGUUAGAAAAGGCCGGACUUUCGGAGAACGAGGAAGAGAGGGUCCAACGAAGAAUCGAGGAGCAAGAAAAUUUAGAAAAACAAAUCGCAGACUUAUUGAACAGAAACUCUGUAAAAAAGAAAGGGGUACACAAUGAUACAGAGGUAAGCAAUCACCCGCCACAGGAAUACAAGAAAAAGAAAAGAGAUAUUAGAGCUGCAGAAUAUAUUGUUAACAAUCUGAAGCAGCAGAAAUUAGCCGAAGAAUCAUACAAUAGAAAAAAGUUAAUCGAUUCAAAUAAUAAUUCAAGGAAUAGCCAGACGUCGAGGGAUUUACAAAGUAGGAAUACGGUGCCAAGUAGGAAUACACUGCCAGACAGAACUUCUACAGGAAACAGUGACCCUAACCAGACAUAUGUAGAACGUUCUGAAGAAGCUCAUCGUGAAAGUAGAGAUACCAAACACACAGAAAAUGAAGUAACUGAAGAAUAUUAUACCAGACAACAAACGCAUCAAGGACCAAGACCAACCCCCUACCAACCGGGGUACGAGGCUCCAAUACAUGAAAGCCUAGAAGAGAUGGGCGACACCGCGCGUCGAGACGAGGACCUCUAUGAGGACGGGGGCCGGGCGGUCCGGGGAUACGAGGAGGAAGGUUACUAUGACGACCAGCAGGGGUACGGCGUACAGGACGACCAGGAAGACAACAGGGAAGAGGAAUAUGACAAUUAUGACGAAGGGCAGCACGGGUCGGGGCGGCUGCCGCCUAUAGACGAUAACCGGAAGCGGAAACAGCAGGAUCAGACGUCAUGGCAGAGCUACCCGGGCAGGAAACCCGUCUAUGAGCGUCUGUAUGACCCCAACUACCGGGAUCGCAGAAGCUUGCCCACUAGACCGGAAACUGUUUACUACAGGGACUUCAAGUCUCGGCCUCCCAAAAACUUGGGACACGUUAAAAGCAAGUUCAAUGACCCGAGCUACUACGAACCCCGAGGGGAGUAUGUCCUGGAGACGGAGGACCCAGAAGCUGCACAGUUCAGGUCAAAACCGCCCAAGGAACUAGAACAUGUGCAAAGUCGAAUAUUAAACCCAGAAUAUCAGAAGAAGAAGGAACCUGCUCCGGACUCCUCCACCGAGGAUCGGGCCGCUGCCACCUUCCACGCUCGCCUCCCUCAGCAUCUUGGGCACGUGCAACCGAAGAUCUACGACGCCCGGUACUACCAGGAGAGGCAACAGGAGGAGGAGGAAGUCGUACGACCAGAAUUCAGGUCAAGGCCGCCGAAACGACUGGAAAAUGUGCAAAGCCGGAUCAUGGACCCGAAGUAUUUCCAGGAGAAACCUAAACCGGAAGAAGAAAAGAUAGAAACCGAGUUCCGCUCCCGCCCGCCAAAGAAACUAGAGCAUGUUCAAAGCCGGAUCCUGGAGCCUCGCAAACAGAAGCCUCCACCACCGGAAGAGGAUUCUACCUCGCCCUUACCGACUUUCCGAUCAAAACCGCCCAAAAACCUAGAGCAUGUUAGUAGCCGCAUACUUGACCCGGCGUACUACACGCCAAAGACGGCGGACAUGUCACAGGACGUGGAUGAGGAUGCGCAGCACGAGUUCAAGGCCCGUCUCCCAAACCACCUCUCACACGUGGAGUCCCGUGUCAAUGACCCCCGCUACCUGAAGAAGCGUACGUCGAUCCCCAGAGACGAGCAGGAAGCCCAGGCCAUGAACACAGACUUCAAGGCCCGGCCGCCUAAAGCAUUGCAACACGUGCAAAGCCGUUUUUUCGACCCUUACUACAACAAGCAGCUGUCCCCACGAGACACGUCAUUAGUGGAGCUCAAACAGAAGGGUCCAAUAGUCGUGAUUAACGUCAAGAAAACUGAGCGGCCGCAUGGUUACAAGGAUAGACUCGAGCGGGCGCGUGCGGUCCAGGGAGCCGCCGUGAUGGACAAGGAAAACUUCAAUGAAUUCAGAGAAUCUAAGGAAAAGCGGAAGGGCGAUUUAACGCCACGAUGGAAGGAGGCUGAGCCAGAGAAGAAGGAAGUAAAGCGGUGGAGGCCGCCGAAGAAGCCGAAGCCAGAAAAGAUCGACCGCCAGUUUUUCGAUACAUGGGAGAUGACUCCCACCCACGUGAUAACCCCUGGUAGCCAGGAGGGCGAUAUGUUCUCUCGCAACCGACAGGAAGUGGCAGAAAUGUGGACCGACUUCUCAAAGUCCGUCAAGCGCUCAGGCAUCCGGAACACCAACCAGCGCUCUACGCGAACAUAUUAUUGACCUUGAACUACAAUGUGUAGACUUGAUCUAAAGGGACAUUUCGUGUUUCUGUGAUAUACAAUGAUAGGCUAUAAUUUGAUAUGUACUUUGUGAUGAGUCACAAAGAGAAGACUUCUGUUUUAGCAGAUUAAUGUUGCAGUUUCUGUCAAACUGUGUUGGAAAGUAUUCUGUGCUUAAACAUUUCUGUGACGAGGUUGAUACUAUAUUGGAACUAAUUUUGUUAGAAGAAAGGUUUGAAGGAAAACAUUUUCACAGAAAGGAUCCGUUCAUAUAUUUCGUGUUCAAGGAUUUUCCAUUUUCGUUUCAACGGAAGUUCCAUAUGAUUGUAGCAUAUCAUAUAAAAUUGACUUCAUUGCAUUUACUUCGUAAACUGAAGACAUGAAAAGUGUAGUAUGUCCAUCAUAAAUUCAAGAAUACCUGUAUCAAAUGAAUAAACUCAUUUAAAAGAAUAAUUUAGUAUCAUUAAUCGGAAACCUUGCAAGAUUAAUUGAAUAUACAAUUAAGA